CAGCCAGCAUGUGAUGUGAACUUUGUGGCUAAAUGGUUUCAGAUAACUCCUACAAGACAGACAAGUAUUGUGUUAGGUUGAAGGUUUUGUCUUACAGGCGUUAUCCUGUUUCGUACAGACUUGUACAACCAGACGUCAAUUUAGUUAUCUUAUUGUUAAGUAAAAACAAAAAAGUCAACGUUGACACGAGGUAGAACUGCAGAACUAACACCUGCUGUUAUUGUCAACCUCAUUUUAACCAGAGAAUUACUCUGUUUUAACCUUUAACGACAGCUAGCUAGCAAAUUGGUUAAUUUAGCUAGCUGUCGACACAGUGCUAAGAACUACAAUCCCGUUAUUCAAAGUUAGCGUGACUUUACAUUAAGAGACAGUGGUCGGUGUUUUCUAUAGUAGCAUCGUGCUAUAUAGCCAUGGACGAGGAAGACUGUCCCGAGCUGGUGCCCAUUGAGAAGACGAGAGAUGGUCCAUCUUCACAAAUACCUGUCACAAUAAUUACUGGCUAUUUAGGUGCCGGGAAGACAACUCUGUUAAAUUACAUCUUAACUGAGCAGCACAGUAAGCGAAUAGCUGUCAUUUUAAACGAAUUUGGUGAAGGUAGCGCUCUUGAGAAGUCUCUGUCUGUCAGCCAGGCUGGGGAGCUCUAUGAGGAGUGGCUUGAGCUCAGGAACGGCUGCCUCUGUUGCUCUGUCAAAGACAAUGGACUAAAAGCAAUAGAAAAUCUAAUGGAGAAAAAGGGGAAGUUUGACUAUAUUCUACUGGAGACCACUGGAUUGGCUGACCCAGGAGCAGUGGCCUCCAUGUUCUGGGUGGAUGCUGAACUUGGCAGCGAUGUGUAUUUGGAUGGUAUCGUCACGGUUAUCGAUGCAAAAUAUGCAAUGCAGCAAUUGACCGAGGAGAAACCAGAUGGUCUUGUCAAUGAAGCCACAAGACAGGUGGCUCUGGCGGAUCUUCUAAUUAUUAAUAAGACGGACCUUGUGAACGAAGAGGAAUUAAACCAACUGAAGGACACAGUAGUAUCCAUUAAUGGACUUGUUCAAGUUCUAGAAACACAAAAGUCAAGAGUUGACUUAUCGCAAGUGCUAGAUUUGCAUUCUUUUGACAUUCAAGAUGUAGCAAGGUUGUCUGAGAAGCUACAGCUUAUGAAGACUUCACAUCCACAUCUCGACAAGAGCAUCUUAACCGUAACACUUGAAGUACCAGGGGAUGUCUCUGAAGAUCGGUUGAACAUAUUCGUUCAGGAACUUCUGUGGGAGAAGAACUUGAUGAACAAAGAGGGAUCACCUAUGCAUGUAAUUCGCUUAAAGGGCAUCAUGUCCAUAGAAGACAAGGCCAAGCGGGUGAUGUUGCAAGGGGUGAAUGAGCUUUAUGAGCUGGAAGAGACCCCCGAGGCCUGGGGGGAAGAUGAGCCCAGACUCAACCGUCUGGUCUUCAUAGGGAGAAAUCUGGAUCGAGACAUCCUACGCGCUCAGUUCAUUACCACUCUCCUAAAUCAGGAGGAUAGUAAGACAUGAAACGCUGCAGUCUUUUCUAAGUUUGGCUGGUUAUAAACAUAAGUAAAUAACGUGUUUAGUGAGUGCUCCUUCCUCCAUCAGGGCCAGACAAUCUGUCGUAAGUGCUGGUUCAGGAGAUUCAGCUCCCUAGCACCUCAAAAUCUGUAUCUGAUGGCUAAUGUCAAUUCUCUUUCAACACAAUGAUAUUGUGGUUAUACAUGUUUAUAAUGAUUUCAAGAGGGUUGAUGGUUGUUGUUGGGUGGACCACUGUGUAAGUAAUUAUCUUAAUUUGCAGUAUGCUCGUCUUGGAUGAUUUCAGAGUAGGAUUUAAGUAGGCUAUAUAGAAUCUGGACUGACUGGCUGUGCUUUUGCGCAUAACACUCUGUGAUUUUUGUUUUUUUUAUAGUAGGUUUUUUUUUCUUGUUUAAGUGGAAUUGAUUGACGUGGAAUUUUGAUGGUUUUGUGGUUUGUUGCAUUUUGUGAGUGUGAUUUUGAAGACCAAAUUAAAUUGAACAGGAUACAAUA